AUGGAGACAUUUUCAAGAGUGAAGAUGUUGCUCCUUCUAGUGUUUCAGGUGAAGAAAAUAGUGACUCUGAGCUGCCCUGCAAGUGAUGCUUUCCUUGUUCCACAUGAGUGGUACCAACCUGGGGACCUCAUCGUUGGUGGGAUGAUGUCCCACACCUAUUACAACCUUCAUGAAAUUAAAUUUAAGGAACAUCCUUAUAAAACAUCUUAUGAGACACCAAAUGUAUUAAUCAAAUUCUACCAGCACAUCCUUGCCUUGGUUUUUGCUGUGAAGGAGAUCAAUGAGGACUCCAGGAUCUUACCUAAUGUCACUCUUGGGUUCCACAUCUAUGAAAGUUACUAUGAUGCAAGGAUGACCUAUCGCAACACUCUGGAUCUACUUUUCAAAUCCCAGGAAUUUGUCCCUAACUACAAGUGUGAUCGCCAGAAGAAUCUCAUGGCUAUUGUUGGGGGAUUGGAUUUUCUCACAUCAUUUUAUAUAGCUAAAAUUAUAGGAUUCUUCAAGUUUCCACAACCGGGCGAGGGCAAAGAAAACGCUGUCGGCCGGGCGCCGCCCCAAACAGAGCCAAACAAGCCCGAGCGCCGCUCCGCACAGCCCCGUUGCUCUGUCUUCGCUCCAGCCUCGCUUCACCUCUGUAGGCCCGUUUCCGAGGGGAAAACCCCUCUGCGAGCCAACAACACAUUUCUUCAGCUGGGGAGAAGGGCUAAGCUGACCAAAAAGCCCCCCGCUGUCAUCCUGACCCAGCUGACAUACGGCUCAUUACCCCAAGAGGAAUUUCAGGCCAAUAAGCUCUCCUCACUAUAUUUCAUGGUCCCCAAAGAGGACCAUCAGUACAUUGGGAUUAUCCAACUACUUCGUCAUUUCAGAUGGACAUGGAUUGGGAUACUUUCUAUUGAUAACAACAAUGGAGAAAAUUUCUUACUGAAAAUGCAAUCUUUACUUUCAGAGAACGGAAUCUGCACAGCAUUUAUAGAAAGACUUGCUCAACAACUCCACUUAGAAAGAUUCUCAGAACUUUCUCAAAUGAUCUCCACUAUUUCCUUUAAUAUGAUGAAUAGCAAAGCCAAUGUGUUUCUUGUCUACGGAGAAGCCGGGACCAUUAUAUGGCUAAGAUGUAUAACAUUUCUGGUAGAUCCUGAAAGCAAGGAAACUGCAUUAUUAAGAAAGGUGUGGAUCAUGACUGCACAAAUUGAUUUUGUGUUACCAGGCACUCAUAUCAGAUGGGAUCUGAAGAUGUACAAUGGGGCUCUUUCCUUCACUGUUCACUCAACAGAAGUUGUAGGUUUCAAGGAAUUUCUUCAGACCACAAAUCUUCUUUCAGACUACAGAGAUGGGUUUCAGCAGAAUGUUUGGGAACAAGCUUUUGAUUGUUCCUUUCCAAAACCAGAAUUACAAGAAACAGACAGUAGGCAGUGCACUGAGGAGAUGAAGCUGGAGGAUCUUCCUGCAUCUAUAUUUGAAAUGGAAAUGACUGGGCACAGCUACAGUGUCUACAAUGCUGUUUAUGCUGUGGCUCAUGCUUUGCAGGCUCUAUACCUGUUGGGUUUCAAUAGGAAGAAAACUAUGAUGGGUAAAAAGACUGAUCUUCCACAUCUGCAGCCUUGGCAGCUCCAUCCAUUUCUUCAAGGCAUUUCUUUUAACAAUUCAGCUGGGGAGAGAGUGUUCCUGAAUGACAAAGGAGAAGCAACAGGUGGAUUCGACAUCACCAGCUUGAUCAUUUUUCCAAACAGAUCCCUUCAGAGACUUAGAGUUGGAAAGCUGGAACUAGAGACUCUGAAAGGGAAGGAAUUAUUCAUUGAUGAAGAUGUUCCUCCACUUUCUCGAUGCAAUGACCCUUGUUUCCCUGGAUCCUGGAAGAAAGGGAUUGAAGGGGAUCAGUUCUGCUGCUAUGACUGUCUUCCCUGCCCAGAAGGAAAGAUUUCAAAUCAAAAUGAUACGGAAGAUUGCUUUGAAUGUCCAGAAGAUCAUUUUCCAAAUCAAGAAAAGAAAGGAUGUAUCCUGAAACAGCUGCUCUUUCUAUCUUUUGAAGAAACCUUAGGAAUUGGUUUAUCCUCAGCAGCUCUUGGUUUCUUCUUCUUGACAUCUUGGGUACUUGGAACUUUUAUUAAGCACAGGGAUACUCCCAUUGUCAAAGCCAACAACCGGUCCUUAACUUAUACCCUCCUUGCCUCUCUUCUCCUCUGUUUUCUCUCCUCUUUGCUCUUCCUCAGCCAACCUGGAGAAGUGACCUGCCUUCUCCAGCAACCAAUGUUUGGCAUCACCUUCUCAGUGGCAAUUUCUAGUGUACUGGCCAAAACCAUCACUGUGGUUGUGGCUUUCAUGGCCACUAAACCAGGAUCUCAGAUGAGGAGAUGGGUGGGGAGAAGAUUGUCUCUUUCUAUUGUCCUCUCAAGCUCCCUCUUUGAAGUAUGGAUUUGUAUUGUUUGGUUGUCAACAUCUCCCCCAUUCCCUGAGUUGGACAUGCACUCAGAGCUCCAAGAAAUGAUUUUACAAUGCAACGAGGGUUCAACUUUCUUCUUUUAUUGUGUCUUGAGCUACAUGGGUAUCUUGGCCAUUGCCAGCUUUAUUGUGGCUUUUCUUGCCCGUAAAUUACCUGACAGCUUUAAUGAAGCCAAGUUCAUCACCUUCAGCAUGUUGGCCUUUUGCAGUGUGUGGAUCUCCUUCUUUCCAGCCUAUCUGAGCACAAAAGGCAAAGCCAUGGUAGCUGUGGAGGUCUUCUCCAUCUUGGCUUCCAGUGCUGCACUUCUGGGAUGCAUAUUCCUCCCAAAAUGCUAUAUCAUUGUUUUCAGACCAGAACUGAACCACAGGGAGCAACUCAUAAAGAAAAAUUAG